CGCAGGAUGGAGGGAUGCAGCUGGAGGAAAGAUACAGGCCCACCUCGUGCAGACUACGAGCAAAAAGACGGCAGGACGGAAAACACUGCGGGGAACCUCGCGGGGUGUGGCAGGACACCUGGGCGCCAGCAGCCAACGCCUGCAGGGAGUGAGAGCGAGGACCAGGGAGCCACGCCGGGGCCGCGCAGGAUGAGGCGGGACUUCCGGAAUCCAUUUGCUUGAGUGGCAGGGGAACCGGAAGUGGGGGCGCUGCUGCUGGUGUUGGGGCCCGAGGAGGGACGCGCCGGAGCGGGGCCGCCGGGACUGAGCGAGCGACAGACGCGCCACCCGCCGACGCCGCAGCCGCUUGGGGCCCGCACGGACCCUCUGCCUGAGUGUAGAAUGAGCCAAGGAGACUCAAACCCAGCAGCUAUUCCACAUGCAGCAGAAGAUAUCCAAGGAGAUGACAGAUGGAUGUCUCAGCACAACAGAUUUGUCCUGGACUGUAAGGACAAGGAACCUGAUGUGCUGUUUGUGGGGGACUCCAUGGUGCAGUUAAUGCAGCAGUACGAGAUAUGGCGAGAGCUUUUUUCCCCACUUCAUGCACUGAAUUUUGGAAUUGGGGGAGAUACAACCAGACAUGUUUUGUGGAGACUCAAGAAUGGAGAACUGGAGAACAUUAAACCUAAGGUCAUUGUUGUCUGGGUAGGAACAAACAACCAUGAAAAUACCGCAGAAGAAGUAGCAGGUGGAAUCGAGGCCAUUGUACAACUUAUCAACACAAGGCAGCCGCAGGCCAAGAUCAUUGUAUUGGGUUUGUUACCUCGAGGUGAGAAGCCCAACCCUUUGAGGCAAAAGAAUGCCAAGGUGAACCAACUCCUCAAGGUUUCCCUGCCGAAGCUUGCCAAUGUUCAGCUCCUGGAUACAGAUGGGGGCUUCGUGCACUCGGACGGUGCCAUCUCCUGCCACGACAUGUUUGAUUUUCUGCAUCUCACGGGAGGGGGCUACGCAAAGAUCUGCAAACCCCUGCAUGAACUGAUCAUGCAGUUAUUGGAGGAAACACCUGAGGAGAAACAAACCACCAUUGCCUGACUGGCUCCCAUCAGUGUUAAUAGCACCCAGCUUCCUCAGAUCAGUUAUAUCACUGGCACUACAGAAUCCUUCUCUUUCUUAAGGCACUUUGCAUUGUAGAAUGUUCCUGGAUGUUCAUAUCUAGUGUUUGAAGGGAGGAGGGAUUUAAACUGGUCCUGUACAUAGAAGGUUUGUUUGACACAGGAGAAAAAUUAGCCAAGGAAGAUUGUUGUUUAAAUUCGUUUGAAACCAGAAGGGGACUUGUUAGUUGUAUGUGUGACAUUUUCAUUCAGUUAUCACUGUUUUUCCUAGGACAACAUCAAGCCUAAGUACUGAACAAAAUGAAGAUUUUUUUCUUGGCCUUUCUUUCUAUGGAUUAUGUCAUAUAUACUAAUGAUCAGGAUCACACCUACUUGGCUUUAAAACAGAUGUUUUUUCCAGUUUUUAAGGUUCAUAAUUUAGCCUUUUGUUUUUAGGUUGUUUUUCUCAUAUGUUUUUGCCACAUUUUUUUUUAACUUACAGCCUCAGAUUGAACGUGUUUGUCACUCAAAUAUGGGAGAUGCUAUGGUUACAAGUGAAUUUGUUCCACUCUGUUAAUCUUUCCCGUGUUUAGCAGUGGAAGAUAGGUUUGGCCCCAUUUGGGGGACUCUGCGGAGGGUAUUAUUUUUAUGCUGCUGAAUAUCAUGUCUAUAAUAGACCCAUGCAUGCAGCCUUUCCUCCCUAUUUCCCCUCAUCCCCUCUUUUUUUUUGGAGGGGGGAGCCCUUGUUGACAUUACAAGCUUUUGACACAUUUUCGACCUAGGAGCUCUGUUGCUGGAAGUGUAAGUCCCCAGUCAGUCACUCUCAUGAUGUUACUGAUGUGCAACUCGUCCUUGUGAGGUGUUCUGUGCAUAGAGUCUGUGUCGUGCUAUCCAUGUGCAGAGUUCUGUUUGUUUGUUUUGUUUUUUUCCUGUAAAAUAUGUUACAGUUUUCUUUUUUGGAAAAAAAAAAAAAUCAGAACUCUAUUUUCCAUUCCAUAAGCCUUGACAUUAUUUCAAGUUUUAUAGUAUCUUAAGAUGUAUAUUUUAUUUUUUUAUUGGCUUAGUUUUUAAAUUAUAAUCAGUCCAGAAAAAUUUGGCCUUUCCUUAUGGGCAAACAAACGGAGCUGCUUUUCAGAACAGACAUUUCUGCCUUGAUCCUACCAUUUUAGUGAAAAAGAACUAGGUUUGUUUAACUUUCAGGUUUUCUCCUUAGAGUAUUUUCACCUGAAAAUUUCUUCCAAGAGAGCUCUUUAUAAUCCUGUUGGUUUGCUUGAGCUACAAUAACUGCCAUUUAAAAAAUAAUGGGAUGAUACAUGGUUUAUUGUUUGGUAUACCUAUGGAAUAUGUACAAACUGGAUCUACAAACAAAUACAUUAAACUGGACCAGGUGGGUACUGGAGUAACCUUUUAACACGUGCUCUGCACAGAUUCUGCUUAACGUUCAAGUUCAGUGACUAAGGCUGAAGCUCGAUGAUCUGCUUGCAAGGCAAAUGCUUUUGUGAGUUGGAGGGGGUUGCUGAUUUGAGCAUGGAGCCACUUGUGAUUGAGAAGGAUAGAGAACUUGGGCUGAUGUUUUCUUGUGAAGCCUCUUUCUAGGAAUAUUUUUUCCGUCUUAUUUUUAGUCUUUUUUUUUUUUUUUAAUACAUUUCUGAAUGUAUCAUGUCUUCACUAAUGACAGAAAGUACAUGUGAUGUUUACUAGACUCGUUUCCCACAUUAAAGUUCCCUCUUCUGUUUUGAGUAGCCCGGAUUCUUGAGUUUUUCAGGACAGGUUCUUUCUUAGCUAGGCAUUGUUAGGCAUUGUUCUAAGGAGGAGAUUUAAUAAAGCCAGAAGUUUGUCUGUAAAAAGACCAUUUCUUCAGGUCUUUUUUCAUUUGUCAGAGGGCGGGAGUGUCGUCCAAACAAAUCCCUUAGGUGAUUCCUGCAGCAUGCGCUUUUAGUUUCCCUCUUGACUAAGAAUCAAAUAUCCCUUUGUGAGCUGGUCUUCAGCUCCUUUGCUUAUGUGUGUAAACCUCGGGUGUUACUACGUUUUAUACCUACCAGAGCUAUUCGAGCAAUAGUAUUUGAACCACUAGCCUUUUAAAUAAAAGUCUGCCCCGUUGCUAAUGUGCAGAUACUGAGUCCACUUUCAUUUCUUGCCAGCUUUCUUUGCACUGCUUUAGGCAGGAGGUGUUCAUCUGUUUUUCUUUGACAUCCCUGUUUGCUACAAUGACAGAACUUAAUGCUUACCCUUUGGAUUUCUUGCUCACUUUUCAUGUAUAUGUAAACUUAAUGCACUGUCCAAGUGAAAUGUCUUAGUUGUCAUUGUGAUUAAGGGGCCAACUUUCCAGACAGCUAGCAGAGGUGUUCUGAUCCUCCCCCCAGCAAGUUUUAAUUCCUUUGCCCACCCAUUCCCGAUAUCCUAGCCGGCAGCCGGUGAUGGCAUUGUAGAUUCUGCGGUCACAUUGUGAAUGUGGCAGGUGGAGGAUGUACUGCCAACACUGACCUAAGGCAUGUUGUUUUGCUGCCUAUGUCUUCUGGGCUGCCAUGGGCAGUGGUGUAGCUCCCACUUUGGGUUUUUUUGGACUGUUGGGAGCAUCUGUCUAAACCUGAAUCUUCUGUGAAAAACCUUAAUCUGACACAACAAAUCUUGAGUAGCUCAUGCCCUGCUCUUAAUAAUUCUGUCUCUUGUUGUUUCAAAACAAAACACAACUUUUUUUUUUAAACUUUUUUUUAACCUAGUCACUGUUUACAGUUGUAUGCUAAAGGCCUGAAAUACUGUCUGUGCUGUGGUGUAUGAGCAUUGCCAAUUUUAUAUUUAUUGCAGUGAAGAAGAAACUCAAAAUAUAUGAAAAUGAGGAGCCUGUCCACGCUCCAAAAUCCGUGUGGGUGCAUGUGGGAGAAGUGAGUUGGGGUCUCUGGAAAGGAGGCUUUUUGGAGUGGGUCUCCCGCUUCUCCUUGGUGUUCCUGCUUGGGGAUCACUGCUGCUAGCUGACUGGGCCUCCCCAACAGAAGUUUGUGACUCUGCUUUGGCGAAGUUUCAUUGACUAGUAGAACUCAUUCUGUUUUAGUGCAUAUUUCAAUAUAAAUGUAAACAUUUCACUCAAA